AUCUCCUUUCACAUUUAUUUUUCUGGAGUUAAUAUUCAGAACACCUGGCUCCACUGGAGAGAAAAGAAAGUUUACUUAAUCGUUUGUUUUUGUUUCUUGGAUUGCAGAAAGCCUUACGACCUGACAUGGGCUACAAUACUUUAGCCAAUUUUCGGAUAGAAAAGAAGAUUGGCCGUGGGCAGUUCAGUGAAGUCUACAGAGCUACAUGCUUGUUGGAUGGUGUGCCAGUAGCUUUAAAAAAAGUGCAGAUAUUUGAUUUAAUGGAUGCAAAGGCACGUGCGGACUGUAUUAAGGAAAUUGAUCUUCUUAAGCAUUUCAAGAAGCAGAAGAGACUCAUCCCAGAAAGGACAGUUUGGAAAUACUUUGUUCAGCUGUGCAGUGCCUUGGAACAUAUGCAUUCCCGGCGUGUCAUGCAUCGAGACAUCAAGCCAGCAAACGUAUUCAUUACUGCUACAGGAGUAGUAAAACUUGGAGAUCUUGGAUUGGGAAGAUUUUUCAGCUCUAAAACCACAGCUGCACAUUCUCUAGUGGGAACACCUUAUUAUAUGUCUCCAGAAAGAAUCCAUGAAAAUGGAUAUAACUUCAAAUCAGAUAUCUGGUCUCUAGGAUGUCUGUUAUAUGAGAUGGCUGCAUUGCAAAGCCCCUUCUAUGGUGAUAAAAUGAACCUGUACUCUUUAUGUAAAAAGAUAGAACAAUGCGAUUAUCCACCCCUUCCAUCAGACCACUACUCAGAAGAACUCCGGCAAUUAGUUAACAUCUGCAUCAACCCAGAUCCAGAGAAACGACCAGAUGUAACAUAUGUUUAUGACGUAGCAAAGCGCAUGCACGCCCGCACAGCUACCAGCUAAGAGAUUUGCCCCCACAGGAGGAACACAAACAAGUCGUGAACAUUUAAGCACUGAUAAUGCUUUCUGCCCAAUUUUUUUUUCAAUUGUCUAUUGCUUUAAAUUUACUCAUGUGUCAAAGUUAUAUUAACACCUUUGUUACAUAAUUUAUAAGUAAAGGCUACUUGUAUUUUUAAAAUUUUAAGUAUAAGAUUUUAAACAUAGGUAAAUUGUUGUUACAACUUAGAGUAAUUGCACUUCAGUCAUAUAAUAUACAAUUAUUGAAUAAAGGGGAAACAUUUUUGUAUAGUU